AUGGAUACCACACUGUCCUCGCAAGAUCCCACAAACAAGCACUACCUAAUACCAGAUGUUGCCCCUUCGCACGACUGCAAUGCCUCUAAAAAGGCUAAGCCACAAGAUUGGUCCUCGUCUAAUACACACGACACAGGUCACCACUGGCCUUUGCCUUCGACAUCGUUCGUGGCCCGCUCCGCCGUGGCAGCAAAUAUCACUGACCAUAAACAGGAUGGCGUGUUAAUCCACGGACCCUCCGUACUUCCGGAGGCAAAGCGCGCCCUUGCAAUACUAAACGGUGACAAUAAGCAAGGAAUCAAGAUUCCAUACAUCAUGAUGACGAACGGAGGGGGGUCGACCGAAGCAGACCGUGUUGCGAGGUUGAGCGCAGAGUUGGGCACCCAAGUGCAUCCAAACCAGAUGGUCCAGUCACAUACCGUACUCCGCUCGCUUGCACACAAGUACGCUGAAGAGCCAGUGCUCGUCCUGGGUGGUAUCAACGAGGCAGUCCGUAAGGUGGCGGAAGGGUACGGCUUUAAGAAGAGUUAUAGUGCUCUCGACGUUCUCGCGUCGAAUCCGAGUGUAUUCCCGUUCCAUCGGAUAACACCCGAAGAGCUCAUGGCUGCUAAGCCCUUCGACCUCCCGAAUACGGCCUUCCGCGCCGUCUUUGUCUUCUGCGACUCCCGCAACUGGGGUCUUGACAUUCAAGUCAUGAUCGACGUGCUUCGUGCGCGAGGUGGGGUUAUUGGGGCGCCUUACCGUGUCAAAGGAGACCCUCCCGUGGUCGAACUUGUAUUCUGUAACCCAGACCUGCUCUGGCGAAAUGACUUUCCGCAACAUCGCUUCGCGCAAGGUGUCUUCAAGGAGUCAUUCCAAUCUGUGCACAAAUUGAUGACGGGGGAGACAUACCCAUACAAACAAUUUGGCAAGCCAACUCCAGAGACGUACGACUUUGCAAAAGAGCUGUUGCUAGCCCAUGCUACUGAGCUAGGUGGGCCCAAAGUACCUGGAGCGCCCGAGACGAGCGUCUAUAUGGUCGGCGAUAAUCCCGAGUCAGACAUAGCUGGUGCCAACGCCGCAAACUGGUCGUCGAUCCUAGUGCACACUGGCGUGUACGACCCUUCACUCGGCCUUCCGCCUACUAGUAAACCUACGAUCGAGCUUCAGAAUGUGGAAGAAGCGGUUAAAUGGGCUAUGCAGCGUGAAGGGAUGGAGAUCUAG